GUUGCAAGGCCGGUUGUGAAGCUUCUGUGAGUGGAGAUGGCCACGGCAGAGGGGCUGGUCGCAGUCUGGCUCUAGUCUCCCCUCCUCAGCCUGCGCUUAUGGCGCUUAGUUUCAGGCGAGGCCGGAAGGGCCCCUUUAAACAUAUAGCUCAUGGCCUGGUCCCUGCUGCUACCAUAGCUCCUAAACCUGCAGUUCCCCGCACCCCUCCCCCUCGUAGUCCAAACCCUUCUCCAGAAAGGCCCAGAUCUGCCCUAGCAGCAGCUAUUCUAGUGACAACUUUAACUGGGCGUACCGUUGCUAUUCCCCAGCCUCGUCAACGAUCACUUUCUGAAAGUGAUACCAGCUGUUUGGAACAAGAAUGUUUUAUUGAGCCCUAUGCCACAGUCACUGAGCUCAAACUGGGGCCCAAUUGGAAGCAUGAUGAUAGUGAAAGAUCUCCUGUGCAGUCACUGGAAGGGUCAGGCAAUCUUUGUGAAGAUGAGGACAUGGACACACAUCUUUCAGAGACAGAAAAAGAGCCAGAGCACAACUAUCAGGGUACAGAGAAAAGAGAGGAAGGCUUCAGCAAUGAUGCUAUUUAUGCUGUUCCCUAUAAAAAUAAAAAGGUAAAGCUUCCAGUAUCUCCUAGUGUUGAUCUUGAUGAGAAUGAAAUUUCAUCCCAUGAAGCUGCAUUUCCGAUUUUAGUAGAUCAGUCAAAUAUACAAGUGGAAGCAGAAGAUGAACCUCCUGUUCUGAAUUUAAAGGAGCAAAAACUGGCAGUUGAAAAUCCACUAAGCGAAAAGCCUCCACCAUCCCCAGAUGUAUCUGUUCGGACAAGACAAGGACAGAUGGAGAAAACUAAAGAGAAGUUCCAAGAACUAAAACAAGAAAAUUGGUCUCUAAUCAAUGCAAAUCAGACUAUGACCCUACAACUUGAGGAACUAAAGCAACAAAUAAAGGAACUACAGUUAAAACUUAAGACACUGGAAAAAGAAAAUAAAAAAUGUAGAAAAGCUGCAGAGAGUUCACAUAAGGAAGAGGAAGUUGCAGAACUGCUUUCAUUGAGACAACAAGCUCAGGAACUGGUAGAUGAAAAUGAUGGUUUGAAAAUGGCUGUCCAUCGUUUGAAUGUGGAAUUGAGUCGCUAUCAAACCAAAUUCAGGCCAUUGUCCCAAGAUGAGAAUAUAAAAAUUGGAGGUCUGCCAGCAAAAGGGCCACCCCCUCCCUGGCUGCUAGAUAUGAAAUACUUGUCACCUCUCCUAUUGGCAUAUGAAGACAGAAUGCGAGAAAAGGAGGAUUUAAAUCUUGCACAUGAGGAGGACAUGAAGAAGUUUAGGAUACGAGUUGAAGAACUGGUGAAGGAAAAUGAACAACUGCACCAGCAAUUAAAUAAAAAUAGUUCUAUUACCCUGAAGGAAUGGCAACAGCUGCAAACUCAGGCAAAGCUGGUUUUGGAAGAAAAUGGAGUGUUGAUGGAGCAACUUGAAAUUCAGCAGGCUAAAGCAAAGGAGAGUUACAACCAACAUGUUCAGGAAGUUUCAAAAUUGACCAAACAGCUAAUGGUUUUGGAAGCUAAGAAACAAAGCCAGGAAGAGGAGAUAUCAGAGAAUCAGAAGCAGCUGAAGUCUUUAUGCUCCACAUGUGAAGAACUGAAAGCAAAUCUGAAUGGCAGAGUAACAGCAGAGGAGCAUGUUGCUUUGGUGAAUGCAUUAAGAAGUCAGUUGCAACAGGAACAGGAAAAGCGAAGUGCUGAGCUGGAAGAUCUAAUGCAAAGGCUAGCAUCAUUGCAAGCACAGAAAAAGAGCCUGCUCUUAGAGAAAAAUGACCUAGUUGCUGAAAACAAGAUCCUGGAAGCUGAGCUGAAAAUGGCACAAAAGACAAAUAGGAAAUCACAGAAGAAAAUAUGUCUUCUGAAACAGCAGUUGGAUGAAACAAUGGAAAAGGAAGUGGCAGCUCAUCAGUACUUAGCAAAUCUUAUUAGCUUGGCAGAGAAUAUAACUCAGGAACGUGACCAUCUUAUACAUUUGGUCAAAUGCUUGGAAAGUGAGAAGCAUGGAGUUCUGAACAAAAUAAUAGAAGGGAAUGUACGCUUAGGAAGAUUAGAAGAGAAGGUUCGGGUAUACAAAAAGAAAGCUGCUGGGAAGCUUGGAGACAUCAAUCUCAAAAUGACGGAGCAAGAGAAGGAAUUUGCUGGGAAGGCUUCUCAGUACCAGCGUGAAAUGAAGCAUCUCCAGCGACUGCUGCAAGACAAGCAAGAAACCCUUGAUGAAGUGCUGCAGCAGAAAAAAGAAGUGGAAGGUGAACUUGAAAUAGUUUGGGAAUCUACCUCCAAAGAGAACCGGAGAAUGAAAGAAUUCUUGCAUAAAUCUCUGGAGAAGAAGAACAACAGGUGGAGCACUGUCCAAGUUUAUGAAUCAUAUUUAGAUGAAAUCUCUCAGAAGGACUUUAUUUCUGGAUAUGAUUUUAGCUACUGUGAUGUGAAACCACCAUCACCCACAAAAAAUCAAAGUAAACAGGAACCUCCCUGUUAAGGACAAAGGUGCCUCUACAUCUUGCACAAGAAAGGAUGAUCCCAAAGAAACAAAAGAAUAAUCAUUCAGAUGUAGAGCCAGACUCUCCUCAACCACAAAAUAUGUUACAACAAAAAAGCAUUUAUGCUCUUUGAUACUGAUAUAUACAUUAACUGGAAUUGAUAACAGCAUAUUCUCGCUCUCGUAGAGUUAUAUUUUUAAUAUAGAUUUUAAUAUUAUUGAUGUCAUCUGAUAAAAGGCCACUGCUAAUCCAGUAGAAAUGUAGUAUAGCACUAGUCACAACUCUAAAGCUGGCAGUACUUAUCAAAUUAAAGGGAUAUAUAAUUGCAGAGCUUGGCAUUUUAAUUGCCAGAUUCACAGAGCACAUAAAUCCUAGGGUUAAUAUUUCCUAUUCACUUGUUUUGUAGCAGAGACUCUCUGCUAAAUAAUGCUUAUGUUUUUAUAUGGUUUAAUUGAAAUGCUAGCAGUUUUCAUCUAUAAACGAUCUCAUACAGUAGUUUAAGUAUCCAAAACGUGGAGAUUUAAUCAAAAAAUACAUAGAAAACAUCUGCAAUGUCUAAUCUUUAUUUCACUGUUUGUAAAGCACUUUAAUAUACUUGGAUGCAAUGUGUUACUAUUAGGAUUGAUUGUCUUAAAAAAUCUCUGCCCUCUAUCUGGAGAAAGAGAGAGGAAGUGCCAACUGCGUAAGGAAUUUGGGGACAAGGCAGGGCAAGUUAGUGGCACCACAUCCCCUGCUACCUCACAGACAUCCAAGUGGGAGUUAGUGCUGCUUGAAUCCAUGACUGCUUAUGAAUAGCUAUAGAGGGACCCAACCAGUAGCAGCACGUUUCCUGAUGGAGUUGUGCUGCUAAGGGGAUGGAAAGUCAGAAGAGGCAUGAGACAUUCCCAGGAUCAGGCGGCUUUGCCCUCUGCAAAUUCAACAGCAUCUGAAACCACUUCCCCUUUAAGAGAAAAUUUGCAGGGAACUCCUCAAUUUUUUCUGCUCUAGCUAGACCCCUUCACAAAGGGCAUUGCAGCAGGAGGAAGUCUAUGAUCUUUCUGCAAUUUUUAGCUUGCUGCCUAAUUUUAUUACCCUAGCUAAAGAACUGACAGCUGUUUGUGAACUGAAAACAAAAAGGUGAAAAUAAUACUUCUUAAAUGUGUAAAUCUACAACAUAUAUAAUCUCAUAAUGCUUGUUGACAGGAACUAAACAGCAAAAAUAAAAUUAGGGAAACAAAGGUCCCUUAAAAUCAACAUAAAAAACGAAAAUGUACUCCAAUUGGUGUGGAUCUGGGAGAGAGUUCACUUAUUUAGUAGAGUCUUCUACUUCACAUUAAGGGCCUCACUUAGGAAAGCAUUGGUAUUCAGGAAGGAGGGCUUAAACAAGGGUGAAAAGAAAAAUGUACAAGCAGCAGAGUUUACAUGCCAAAAUAGAGAUGAACCACAGACUCCAUGAAGUCCAAUAGCAAAGCCUUUAGUGAUUUUACAUGUAAGGUGCUCAGAUACUAGUGAGGGUGGACAUAUUGAACACUAUGGGUAUGUCUACACUCCCAAAAAACCUCUAGGCAGCAUGUCUGAGAGACCUAGUCAAGUGACUUGGGCUCAUGCUAUGGAUCUAAAAAUAACAGUGUAGACACUGCCUCUUGGGCUGGAGCUCAGGCCUCUGAGACCCGCUCUGCUUUGCCCGGUUUCAAAGCCUGAGCAGGAAUGUCUACAUUGCUAUUUUUAGUCCCAUAGUGUGACCGCAGUAAGCCCAACUCUGUUGACCUGGACCUAAGACUUGCUACUGCAGGGUUCUGGGGUUUUUUUUGCAGUGUAGACAGGCUUGUUGCUCAUACCCUAAGAUAGGGUGUGUGCUCUGUGUCCCAUUCAAGUCCAUGAGAAUUAAACGCACGCUCGAGUGAUUUCCUGAAUUGGGGUCUAAAGCGUGCAAAAUCACUAAAUUGCAGCAGACUUGUUACCAGCCCAGAUACUUUUAUCUUUACUAUUACAUUUUAGAGCUUUCAGUUACAAAGACAGAAUUAUCAUCUCCCUCUCCCCCAGACACCUAACUACAAACAGGAUAAUUUUUUUAAAUUAUCAUGUUUUUGGGUUCAAUGGCUGUGACAUAACAGUAAAAUUACAAAAGCCUAAACCUAAUAAGAUCAAGUAAUACACCAGACAAGGAUUGAGAGAAUGAGCUAAUAAUAUCUAAUAUUUUCAUUUAGACUUUCACUAGAUCUUGUAGCCCAACCACUCCUGUUUCUCUGAGGUCUUGGAGGUGGCUAUGUUAAUUUGAGAGGCAAUACCCACAGUAUCAAUUCAGCUGUUAUACAGAGAAGAACAUUACAGACUAUGUACAUGCAUAAUUCUGCAUCUAAUAUAGUAGACAAACUUCAGUGUGCACAAAUGGACAACUUAGACAUGCACAUACAGUAAUUGUGCAUACAUAUCAGAGAGAGCUGCACACAAUUUUUUUGCAUAGCCUUGUACUUCACAGGUUUUAAAAAAUCAGAUACUGUGCAUCAGAUUUUUAAAAAUGGGGGCACCUGAAUUUCCCAUGCACAGUAUGAGUGCUCAGGCGAAGAAUAGGAGAGAUUACACACUUUUCAGAUUUUAAUUACCUGUUUGCAUCUGGCUGGACAUUUUAGGUUCCUUCUUUGGAAACCCUGCCCUUCUUGGCUUACAUCUAACAGAUCAGCAUGAACUACUCCAGUUAUAACUGGUUAGAAACUAGGGGUAAGAUUUUCAAAGUCACUCAGUGUUGGCCUAAUUCUGGUGCCAAUGAGGUCAAAAGUAAAACUCCCUCUGAGCCCACCCUAGAGACACACUUCCACCUCCCUCCCUUUCCUUCUUUGCUGUGUCUCCUUUCCUCUGUAUAGCUCUCAUUUUAGGCCUUUAAAACAAACUUUAUGUGCCUUUAUGUAUCUUCACAAUGUAACUUUCUAGCUUAUUGAACAUAAUCAUAAAUACUUGCAUGACCAAAGGCUGCACUAUAUGUCAAACAUUUCUAAUAUGUAAAAUUUAAUAAAAAUAUUCUUUAAGAAGUUCUCAUCCUGUGAAAUUCUCUCAAAUAAAAUUUGCAUUGGAUUAAA